AUGAAAAUCACAUCAUCGAUGAUGUCUGCAGUAUAUCGCAAGUCAUUGGUGUUAAGUAACGGUGCAAAACGGGACAACAGUUAUGGAGACAUUACUAACCUAAUGGCUGUCGACUGUCAACGAGUUAAUGUCAAUCGUUUCAAUAAAUUUCUCAAUUUGGAUGAACACAACAACUAUGUUACUAACAAUAAUGACAGCAAUAAUAAUAAUGUUAUUAAUAUUAAUGGGGCAACACUUUCCUGGGACACACAUAAUGAUCAAAUCAAUGGUAAUCUAAAGGAACAUACGUUAAACCAAAUAGAUUUGCAUAUUAGUGAAGGUAUGUUUGUGGCAAUUGUCGGCGAUGUCGGGGCCGGCAAAAGUUCACUGUUGUCGGCAAUUAUCGGCGAUAUGGAGCUCAUUGAUGGCACAGUUAUGAUUAGAUCGGAUGUUCGUUUAGCUUACGUUCCUCAACAGGCUUGGAUACAAAAUGCAACCAUCAAACAGAAUAUAUUAUUUGGUAAACCAUUCAAUGAGGAACUGUAUGACCGAGUGAUAGACAGCUGUACUCUUAGACCUGACAUAAGACAACUUCCUGGCGGAGACAACACAGAGAUCGGUGAGAAAGGCGUAAAUCUGAGCGGCGGUCAAAAACAGAGACUUAGUUUAAGCCGAGCCGUCUAUUCCGGUGCCGAUCUAUAUCUACUCGACGAUCCACUUUCAGCGGUGGACAGUCAUGUGGGAAAACAUAUUAUGAAUGAAGUGUUUGAUUCAAAAACCGGUAUUUUACGAAAUAAAACCCGAUUAUUGGUAACCAAUCAACUGUUUAUGUUAGCCGAUGUCGAUCUAAUUGUUGUACUAAAAAAUGGCAAAAUUGUAUCGACCGGUACUUAUGAACAGCUUUUACGGGACAGUAAUUAUUUCGAGCAAUUGAUUAAACAGUAUUUUAGUGAAUCAGUAGAUGAAAUGGACAGUCAACGAAACGGUAGUAGUUUGAAGACAACUGUUGUUAUCAAUAAUAAAUAUAUUAAAACACAAAAACAUAACGACAUAAUAGUUGCCAAUAAUGAUAAUAAUAAUAAUAAUAAUGAGCAUGCACAAUUAGUUGAUGAGGAGGGUGCCCAAAAUGGACUAAUAACUAUGAAGAUAUUUAUCAAAUAUGUGCGUUCAAUAAACAUUAUGUUUUUGCUGAUUUGUGUACCGGUGCUAAUGUUGAAUACAUCAAUCAACUAUGGGACAAAUUUUUGGUUGGCCUACUGGUCAAAAAUGAUUGCCAGUGGUACCGACACUAGUGGUCCACUAUUUUAUUUGCUAAUAUUUGGCUUAUUUAUACUAGCACAAUUUAUAUUGUUAACAGCUUAUCGAUUUAUUUACGCCAUAAGCAUAAUGCGUACCCUAAUCCGUUUGCACCGUCAACUGUUAGAGUGUGUAAUACAUGCGCCCAUGGCGUUUUUUCAUGUAACACCAUUGGGACGUCUAUUAAAUCGUUUCAAUAAAGAUAUGUUUCUUAUAGACAGACAUUUGCCAAUUAUGUUUAGCCAAAUAAUUGAUUAUUGUCUACAAGCUAUUGGUAUUGUUGUGUCGAUUUCAAUACUGACGCCAAUGUUUUUGAUACCAUUGGCAUUGGCUGUUAUUCUAUACUAUUUUCUACAGAACAUUUAUAUUAAAGCAUCGUGUCAAUUGAAACGUUUAGAAUCUAUCAGCCGAUCGCCAAUUAAUUCACAUUUAGAAGAAUCACUAAACGGUUUAUCAAGUAUUAGAGCCUAUGAUUGUAGCGAUAGAUUUAUAAGCGAAUCGGACAAUAGGAUUGACAAAAAUACUAAGUGUCUCUAUCCGUAUAUUGUGGCCAACAGUUGGCUAUUAAUGCGGCUACAAGUGCUAACCAAUUGUCUUAUAUUAUUUGCCGCACUGUUUGGUGUCAUAUGUAGACAACAGUUGACCGGUUCGGACAUUGGACUGUCUCUCGCAAAUGCCAUUUCAUUGACUGAUAUUUUAGAGUAUUUUAUCGAUUCAUUAGCACAAACUCAAGCAAGUCUUGUGUCGUUUGAAAGAAUCGAUGAAUACUGUUGUUUGAAAACAGAAUCUGAUUGGCAGACAGAAGCCGAUAAAACACAAUUGACUGCUAAAUGGCCAGAAAAUGGUUGCCUCAGGUUUGACGGAUACGGUACUCGAUAUCGUCAGGGAUUGGAUUUAGUAAUCAAAGACAUUGAUAUUGAUAUUAAAUCAGGAGAAAUGAUAGGUAUCGUUGGCCGAACCGGUUCGGGUAAGUCAUCGCUAACACUCGGAUUGUUCAGACUUAUUGAGCCAGCAAUGGGUCGAAUAGUUAUCGAUGGCAUAGAUAUCAGCCAAUUAGGUCUUCAUGAGUUGCGGUCGCGGCUGACAAUUAUACCACAAGAACCGGUACUGUUUUCGGGAACUAUUCGCUCAAAUUUGGAUCCGUUUGAUAGGUUUUCAGAUGACAAUCUCUGGACAGUGUUAGAGCAGUCACAUCUCAAACAGUUUGUAUUGUCGACUGACGCCGGACUCGACCAUCCGGUUACCGAAUCGGGUGAUAACAUGAGUGUCGGUCAGCGACAACUUGUAUGUCUGGCUCGGGCUCUACUAAGACAGUCGACUAUUAUUAUCCUCGAUGAGGCCACGGCUGCCGUCGAUGUAGAAACCGAUGCACUCAUACAGCAAACUAUUAGACAAGAGUUCAAGUCAUGUACUGUCUUAACGAUUGCCCACCGAAUCAAUACAAUCAUGGAUUACGAUCGGGUGUUAGUGCUUAGCGAUGGACGGGUAGCUGAAUUUGACGCACCCAAUCAACUGCUUGAGGACAAGACAACCAUUUUCUACUCACUAGUCAAAGAUGCCGGUGUUAUAUAA